AUGUGUAAGAUCUUCCGAUAUGUUACAACUCAUGAGACAGAACAGUACGAUGCCCCUGAAAAUUACAUCGCUCUCAACGAGGUGGGCGCACCACCCCCGAUACACAACACCAGCUCUGCACCGAUCCGUGUCUACAGAAGCCUCGAAGACGAGAUAUCCAGUCAUCGUCUCUCGGGCAAUAGCCGACCAAGAACUGCAGAAAAAGAUGGCAAACCGAUUCUGCUUAGCACCAGCAAUCGUGUCCCCAACUCUGCAAGGGAAAAGCGACGAAGAACAAGGCGCAGUUCGCAUGGAGAAUAUAAUGCUCCUGCAGACUUCGCCUAUCUGACAGAGCUUCAACCCGAACUUCCAGUUGAGAACCCGGACGAGGAGCGUGAAUUCUUUCACGACGACCUGGAACGCGAUUUCACACAGCUAGAUUCCUCGAAGGAUCCAGCAGCUCGAAAAAAGGGCGUUUUGCGCUCUGAUGAGAAAGGUCGAUGUUCUCAGUUUCUCACAAUCAUCAUCACUAUAUCGCACCUCGUAUUCUUCUCAAUACUGGGCACCUUGGCCCGCCUAGGCCUCACCAGCCUGACGACGUACACGGGGGCUCCAGUGACCUUCCCGGAUCUCUGGUCGAAUGUGGGUGGCACCUUCUUCCUCGGCUUCCUAACCGAGGGCGCCGAGAUAUUCCGUCACCCUCCUGCAAAGAGGAGCAUUGUGAGGUCGUUUGCAGAGAGUAUUGCACCAGAUCCUGUGUCGCACUCCAGCACUGAGGUGGAAGAUGGUGACACGGCUGAUGAUACACAUAGCCCAGUACUGAACAAUAACGCGUCGUCCGGGAAAGAUCAGCCUCGCACUACACCUGUCCCGUUGCACAUAGGACUUGCCACGGGAUUCUGCGGGUCAUUCACAACUUUCUCUGGGUUCAUCCGUGAAUGCUUCGAAACUCUCUCCAACGGUGCCUCGGUCCCAUCGUACCAUCCUGGAGAGGUUAACAGCGACCCCGCAACGCGGAGACCUGGCCAGGACUUUAUGGCUGUCAUGGCGGUAAUUAUCGCUACCAUCAGCUUGAGUGUUGCUGCUCUCAAGGCAGGUGCCCAUCUUGCGAUAUUCGCGAGACGUCUUGGGAAGAAUCUGCCUUGGAGGAUGAUCUACUGGGUCGAUCGACUCAUGAUCCCACUCGCGCUCUGUACAUGGGCCGGUGCUAUCGUGUUGUCGGUUUUCCCUCCUGACCGCCCGGGUGGGCCUCAAGGCCGCACGAGCUGGACUGAGGAGUCCUGGCGGGGAGAGGCAUUAUUCGCAUUAGUCUUUGGGCCGGCAGGCUGCCUGCUACGUUUCUUCGUGAGCAUCAAGCUGAACCGCAAGGCACCAAGCUUUCCUCUCGGAACAUUCAUAGUGAACAUGUUUGGCACGAUGGUCAUGGCAAUUGUUUGGGACCUGCAGCGCGCGCCACCUUCGGAUUCCUUCCGUGGCUUUUUUAAGCACCUUGUAACGUGCCAGGUGCUGCAAGGCAUCUCGGACGGCUUCUGCGGUUGCUUGACUACGAUUAGUACCUGGGCCGUCGAGCUUAGUGGCCUUCGUAGGAAGCACGCAUACGUUUAUGGGUUUACUAGCGUAUCUGUAGGCCUGGCUAUAGCUACCACAAUAAUGGGUUCUCUUAGGUGGACUGUUGGAAUUGGUCAACCCAUAUGUACGGCUUUGUAG